AUGGCUCUGAAGAUGAACACCAUGGCCAGCAACAGAGCCAAUAUGCUCAGGGAGGUCCAGCUCAUGAACAGACUAUCACACCCCAACAUACUCAGGUUCAUAGGAGUGUGUGUGCACGAGGGACAGCUCCACGCCCUCACAGAGUACAUUAACGGUGGCAACUUGGAGCAGCUGUUGGACAGCGAGGUGUACCUGUCCUGGAGCACUCGGCUGGGCCUGGCCCUGGACAUCGCCAGGGGACUGCAGUAUCUCCACAGCAAGGGCAUCUUCCACAGGGACCUCACCUCCAAGAACUGCCUGGUGCGCUGGGAGAGCGGUGUGUGUUCGGCGGUGGUCGGGGACUUCGGUCUGGCGGAGAAGAUCCCGGAGUACAGUGACGCAGCAGACCAGGAGCCCCUGGCUGUGGUGGGCUCCCCCUACUGGAUGGCUCCAGAAGUGCUGCGAGGAGAGCUUUAUAAUGAGAAGGUGGACGUGUUUGCAUUUGGGAUCAUCCUUUGUGAAACUAUAGCGAGGAUACAGGCUGACCCCGAUAUCCUGCCACGCACUGAGGUGCCGGACUUUGGUCUGGAUGUGGAGACCUUUCACCACAUGGUGGGAGACUGUCCUCCUGACUUCCUGGAAUUAGCCGUCACCUGCUGCAAUAUGAACGCGGCGCUCCGUCCAUCCUUCUCCGAGAUCGUAGCUGAGCUGGAGAAAAGGGAAGUCGAGAGGACGCAGAAAGAUGAGCCAGCGGUCAAGGCAGCUUCUCCGGUGAUUGGUCCCCUGCGUAGACGGUCCUUGUGUCUCCCGGCCGACCCUCGCCUUUCCCGCAGCAAAUCAGACAUGCUCCAUCCCCUGGCCAUGCUCCCUGCCACCACUCUGGCUCCUCCCACCCGCUUCAACCCCUUCUCCCAGCGCGAAGACCUGAAAGGGGGAAAGAUCAAACUGUUCGACACGCCCAGCAAGUCGGUCAUCUCCCUGACCUUCACCCUCCCCCCGCCGCCAGACCCCUGUGGCAGCUCGGCAGCGUCAGAGGCGGACAGCGGGGACCCACCCAGGAGGCACAGACGCUGCCUGUCACUUCCGUGCACUCCGCCGCCAAACGUGACAUCCGCCCCCGCCACUGUCCUAUCCGAGGAGGACCACCGACCGCCGUCCCAGACAGACACCGUAAAUGGCAGAGGUGAGAAGGACAGACUCGUCUUAGGCGAGGACGAGAGGAAGAGCAUGGAUAGCCCAGCGGAAGAAUCAGGUAUCCCGUUUACCCUCGAAGCUAUGUCACUUGAUUUCCUGGACCAAGAGAAUGGCAACAAUGAGGAGGAGGAUGAGCAAGAGGAGCCCAUGGACUGCACCAGCUCCCCAGAGACGUUAGAAACGCCAUCUCCUUACUCUAAACUCUCACCUUCCCCCACCCAACCUGCCACACUGCCUUUCUCCAACGGCUGGGGAGCCACCAUCUCUAACGCCCCCCCCUGCCUCCCUCCCCUCUCCCCCCUAGACAAUAACAACGUGGUCAUCAGCCGACCCUUAACCUGGGGUGCUGUCAACAAUGCCGCCGAUAACGGGUACCAUCACACCCCCGGGGACCCCGCCGGGCCGUCUCCGUUCGGAUCCGGCAGCGGCCACUCCCUGGACCAGGAGGAGGUCAUCUCCUGUCCCGGCUGCUGUCUGGCGGGCCUCCGUUUCCCGUCGGUAUGUUUGCGCGCUGCCCCACCCCGCAGAAACCCCUACAAAAACCUGAACGUCGACCACACGGCCUCCCGCAGCCUGCUCUGCCCAGGACCCAAAGGCCUGCAGCCAUCACCGACCCCCACUGCCAGCCAGGAGCUGGGACUCUCCUUACCGGGGGCGCAGACAUAGAUGUAGACAUGAAAUGCACCCAACGCACCCGGAAAUGGACCAGAGAGGAAGUUGCGUGUAAGCCGCACCAACACAUCUGCCCUGGAAAUGAGUGGGUCUACCUGAAAAUUUGCACAGAUUACCAAUCCAGCAAUACCCCACUGAUUUCCUGGGUGUGUUUAUUUUUGUUUGAUUCUGGGUGUGGGCGGCACACACACACACUUCGUGGUGGGAGCUUGAUGGAGGCCGCAGACCUCCACAUGUCUGAGCUCGCAUCAGUUUACUUAAAACACACACACACCCGUGUUCUGUCAGUAUGUGAUUUAUAGGAGCUGUUUUCUGACCCCUUUAUUUGUGGUGAAAUGGUGGGGACCAACUCCGUAGACGAUACAGAGCUGACGACUCUGCAAGGAGAAUGACGCCCUCUGCUGGGCUGGGGGUGUUACGACAUGGAUGUCGGCCAUGAUGUCAGUGUGCGCGCGCGUGUGUGUGUGUCUGUGUGUGUGUGUGCGCGUGGGCCUGGCUGAUUUCACACUAUUUGCAGCAUGAAAUCCUAUUUUUUUGUUUGUUUGUUUGUUUUUGUUGUCCAUACGUUGACCUGGACCCUGUAUGUGUCCUGCUUUAAAGAGUCUUUUUUGACCGACGAUGCUACGAUGAGGAAUGUUAUGCCUAGUAUUACUAUUGCGAUGAUUUUGAUACGAUGCCGUUUUGAAUGACUAGACGGAUAUGCUUUGUAAUUUGAUUGUCGAGAAGUGUACAGCGCACUGUGUGCACGAGGGAGGUGUGUGUGUGUGUGUGUGUGUGUGUGUUUGCAUGAGAAUGAGGUGGUAGAUGCAUGUCUGAGACUGUUCCAGAAAGAUCUGUGUGUAAUAGUGUGUCCUGUACACCAUAACAUUUUUUUUUUAAUGUUGUUGCUGUUAUGAUCCCUCCAUUGGCCUUCUGGUUGCCUGGUAAAGCACUUCAGCUGCAUUACUCUUAUUAAUAAGGAAACGGAUGUCUGUGGUUAUUACUUUUGCAAAAUGAGGGUCGAAGACUGGCGUCAACAAAGAGAUGUACAGAUUCUUAUUAUUUAAAGAUGGCAUUGAAUAAAAAGAUAACAG